UUCACCAUUCCUUCCUUCCACAGCCAUGGGUGACGACCAGCAGUUCCCGGCUCCCGUCCACCACCCAAACUCUCUGGCCACAGACACAUUGGGUUUUUCACAGCCCAUUCAAAACCAACAACCCACUCAAUAUAACGUGUUUGAAUACAGCUUUUCCUGUCCUCCGGAACUGUGCCCUCUGCGUGAUGCUAGUGAACUUAUCUUGAGUUCAUCCACAGGUAGCACUUGGAAGAUAAAGGAUGUGUCUUCGAACGUCCUUUUCACCGCCAAGAAAACAUCCGACUGCAACUGCGGCGCCUGCUGUGAUCCCACAGCAGGCAGCACCAAGUUUACUGUGAGGAAUCCGAACAAGGAGUCAGUGAUCAUUGGCGAACGUUUCCAGGACUCGAGCAGCUGCUGUUCGGUCGAGCAGCACAUUGAAGUCACGUACCCAUCGGGGAUGUUUGUAGGCCAAGUGAAGAGACUCGCUGAGCGAAGCUACGAACUGACCAACACCAGUGGCGACGUGAUACUGACAAUGGAGGGAGAAUCUGGCUGUUGCACCAAACCACCUCUUCAGGUUUUCUCGGGUGAAGGGAGGCAGGUGGCUUCCAUUGGAAGAACACGAGGAGUCAAGAACAAACUGGUGUUCAUGGAGACUUUGGAUAUCCGGUCCAAGGUGUUGCUGCUGAUUGUGACUGUCAGCAUACAAAGCGACGAGGACCAGAACAGGAACAGCAGCUCAACAGCAACCUAUGGCGGAUAUUGACCCUUCGGACAUGGGAGUAUGUAUUGUCCACUGUGAAUUUUGUCGCACACAAAAGGAUAUGCAAGUGCUAGGCCAUCAAGAAGUCAACUAGUAACAGCGUGUCCACAUUAUUUUAGGAUUUCUUUAAUGCUAGUAUAGCUAAUGUUAUUAUUAUUAAAAAUUAUGAUUAUCAUUUCAUCAAAAACCUAAUAGCUAUAGAAAAUCUGAAAAUCGAGAUGGUAAAUACGUGUUAUUGGUAGUACUAAUAAAUUGCCUUCUUAGUGAUUGACGUACAGUCAGGGGCAAAAGUCCCACUAUACUUACAGCCUUGAAAAAGUUUAGAUGUGCCGCCCAUAGAUGUAAUAUUCGUCUUAUCCAGAGUAAAACAGACGUGGGGAAGGCAAAGGCGAACGGGGGUGAGGGAGGGAGGCAACAUGGCGGGGAAUAGGGGAAGUUGCUGGUGUCAGUUGUUUGUAUUUAAUUGUCAUUACGCUAAUGAUACUGUCUAGCAUUGGCAUUAUUUCAUCAUGAUGCUGGGUUAAACUAGUAUUUGGUUAUUGGUUGUGUUUCAGCUUAUAAAGCGAUAAUGACAUUAAUUGGAGACCGAAAGAAUAGAGAUAUGGGAACAGGGUAUGACAGUCUCCGCGCCAUCAGGUGUCCUGGGAAUCAAACUUUAGCUCACAAUUCAGAUUUUGAUUUCUUUUUUAUAUUACGAUAUUGUAAUAGAUGAAGGCAUUAAUCCCCAGUUUCACGGCAUGGAUGUUUUGCCAUGGAGGCAGAGAAAGGCGAUUUAUCAGGAAAAGUGAGAAGGAUCUCGACUCUAAGGCAGUGUACAAAAGAAUCAUACAUAGGUCUGACGAUGAAAUAAAGCGUUUUCAGACUUUCAAAGAGUCAAAGUGAAGGUUCUUGAUAGUAUCGUAUGUGUGUGUGUGUGUGUGUGUGUGUGUGUGUGUGUGUGUGUGUGUGUGUGUGUGUGCACAGUUAGAAGUGUCUGGUUAAGGCGUGCUUUCUUUGUAAUUGAUAAAACUAUCUAUGGAUUGUUACCGUAAGGGCGACACAUUUCCUGAGGUCUAUUGUCUCUUCUUGUUAGGAAGCCACAAGU